AUGAAUAAAGGAAUGGAUCAGAACGUUAUGACCCAGCUUGCAAUCACAUCCAAUAAGUACAGCCUCAUUACAGUCUGUUACUAUGGUAUUGUUCUAAUGUGCAAUGCUGCUAGUAAGAAUAAGGGAAGCCAUUAUACAACUCGGUUCUACUGGGUCUGGUAUAUUUCCACAUUAAUUUAUCUAGAGACCAAGAGGGUGGUUCUUGAGAACGGCGAUUAA